AUGCUUUUCAAUUUAGAACAGGAUCAGCCUUUGUAUUCUGGAGAAACCUUAGUAGCUUUGAAACGACUCUGUCUUACAGUUUGUGACAAAACAGACUUUCGCUCCAUUGUUGCUCAAUCCGUUUUGAAAUUGAUGGUUCUUUUACUCAGUAAGGAUUUUGUGGACUUCAUCCAAUGGUUACUUCAACUAUCUGAUUCGAAUGACCUUAAGGAUAGGAUAUUUGCACUUGAUAUUUUAAGCGAAAUACUCGUUCAGAAGCCUAAAAUAGACCCUGGGAGUCUUGAUGAACCAUUGAAAACAUAUUUAACAGAAAUGCCAAUAAUUUUCCAAGUAUUAACAAGGUGUGAUGAUACUUCAGCAGCUGUUAGGACUAAAGCUCUUGCUGUUUUGUCUCAAAACAUGGAUUGUAUAUUAAAGUUUUUCGAUAAGUUUAGAGAUGAACAAUGGGAGCCUGAAGAGUUUGAAGAAGUGUCUGCAGUGAAUGGUAUUGAUCGUAGUUUCUGGUACAAUAUAUCUUCUCACCGGGAGAGAUUAAACGAAAUUGCAUCUAUACUUAUUCGAAGAAAUGAUGAUAGCAAUGUGCAUACAAGGAAAGCUGCUCUUCAAGCUUUGGAAAGUCUUAUUUCUUUUGAUAACACAUAUUUAAAUGAAGAGAACUUGAAGAAGUCACUGACUGAAUUUUCUGUUCCUGUUGAUUUUGUACCUUUGUAUAUCAAUAGCUUAAGGCAAAUCAAUAAAAGCUUGAACGAAGAGGAUGAACUACAAAAAUUAGCUGAUGAAGUUGUUAAGAAAUCUAUAGAAUCAUUAUCUUGUGCAGUGUUUAAGAAAUCCUCCUGUCAGAAAUUAACUGAAGAUGUCAUGGCAAGGAAAUUAUGUCUGAUUGUAGAAAUGUGCCAUUUUUAUCCUUCAUAUAUUACAGAAAAUCUCCUUUUAAUUUUAAAAGCAUUUGUGUCAUCAAGACUUACUAAAGCAAACAAUCAGUUGCCUAGCAUAAGCCCUACUUUACAGAGCCAUGCAUUUGCAGCUUUAGGUAAACUGUGUCUUCAAGAAGAAAGCUUAGCAAAGGAACUCCUUCCUGCUCUUGCAAAAGAGAUGCUGACUUCGGAGCAUGGAGUAAUUAGGAGUGCUGUAGUUGUCAUCAUGAUUGAAAUGUGUAAACGAUAUACUUCCUAUGCUGAUAAAUAUAUUCCACUUAUAUGCCUGUGUUUCAAAGACUCGCUCUUCAUUGUUCGUUUCCAAGCUGCUACAAUGAUUAUAAAUCUUUUGCAGGAAGAUUACAUUAAGUGGAAAAGUCCUUUGUUCUUCUGUUUAUUGUCUACGAUUCUUGAUAAGAAGGAAGCUGUACAAGAACUUGGAAAGUAUUGCUUGUGUGAUCUCCUAACCAAAAAACAGCCAACACUCUUUUACGAUCGUUUUCCGGAAAGUAUUUUUGUAUUCAAUUGCUUUAAGCCUCAGAAUAACAAGAAUAUAUCUAGCUUAGUCAAGCAUCUAGAAAAGUUUGCUCUUAAGGGUCCCACUAAUACUGAAAAAAGAAUUACUUUAUAUGCAUUUUUACUUCAAAAUAUACCAUAUCUCAAAAGAUUUUGCUUGAUUCCCUCGAUUGUAUCAAUUUUUGAUAGAAUUGCAGAAGGUGUUUAUCCUUUAAAUGAAGAGACAGAAUCUAUUAUCAGAGAUUGCUUCAUGAUUGUGACCUCUAAAGAACUUGAAUUUCAUUCUCAGAAGGUAACACCUGAAGAUUCUGAAGAAAAAGAAGAAGAUACUGCACCAGAUGAUCUGCAAUUCGUUAAGCUAGUGAUAAUAGAGCCCCUCAUGCCAAGUAUUUUGAAGCUAUAUAAUUGUGUUCACCUUGCAAAGUUAAAAUUAGCUGACGAUAUCAUACCUUUCUUAACUGAAAUUUUGCAAAAUCACAAAUCUGAAGUGAAAGACAUCCUCUCAGAAAACUUUGGAUUACUCAAGGCUGUGGAAAGCCAGUAUAAGAAAGAAUCUAUUCCAGCGCGUCCUUUUAAUAAAGAGGAUCAUGAAGAAGGGGACGGGCAGUGUCAGCAGACACCUCAGCCACGAAUGUCUAUGCGAUCCCAAAACAUGCUUAACGUCAUGCUUAAUGGUGAGGAUAGUUGUGCGAAUGAUUCAAUUAACAAUGCAAAUAGAGAAGUUGGGGACGUGUCACUGCCCUUGAGAAAGUCUCAAAGAGGUAGCAUGCGUCCGAAAAGGAAUGUUGACAAUAUGGAAUGUGAAAAUGCUUCAGAUCCAUCUCCCGGUGAUUCUGAGUCUGCAGAAGUAACUCAAGUUUUAAACGUACCUCCCAUUGCAAAAGAUUCCCAAGUGGCAUCCACCCCUAGACUGAAAGCCUCUAGCAUACCUUUCUCGAGUACACCUCGAGUUGUUUUAAAACCACUUAAGCUCCCACGAUUGCAGAAUCUUAGCCUCAUUCAACCGUGUGACGAGGAAGAUGAAGACUAACUUUUAGACUUCUUUAUGAAUUUGAAAUAUAAAUACUUUCUUUCUUAAUGUCAUACUUUUGGUGUCUGAAUGAAGCCAAGAUUAUGCCCAAUAAUAAACUAACAACAUUAAUUGUUUAUUUAUUUUUCUAUAUUUGUUAGCUAAAUUGUUACUGAAUGUUUUG